CAGACUUCGGCUGAAUCAACAACAAGUGAAUCUAUGACGCCCAGCACAUCUACCACAGGAUCCACAACAAGUGAAUCUAUGACGCCCACAACAUCUACCACAUCUCUGCAAAGUACUCCGGUACCUACCACAUCAUUAUCAGCAUCAACCACCAAGACCACAUCUGCCAGCUCAUCACCAGCAUCAACUACACAGAAUACUGAAAUGACGCCCACAACGUCUACCACACUUACCAGUUCAAUUCCAGUAUCAACUACCCAGAAUACUGAA